CAUCUCACACUCCCUCACUCUCUGUCCUUUUCUCUUAGCUCGGACACUUCACUUUACUUUCCCAUCUUUCUACCCUUUUUCUUUUAUCGCCUACCAAACACACGCUGCUCGAAAAGCUUUGGUGAUGGUAAUUGUGGUGCCCGGCGACGCGGAACUGAAUCUCUUGGCCUUGGAACCCCUUCUCUUUUCUCCAUGGGCAUUCAUGCAUAAGCUGAACCUUCUUCUUGAUGGUCAUAGGCGAGAGAAAAUAACGCCCUGCAUUGAGCUGCAGUGGCUCUUCAAGAACAACCAGGCUUAGAAAUUCCCUUUGCUGCUUCGUAGCCCUCUGUGAUUAAGUCUGCUAACACACCCUUUUUUUUGUGCCAUAAAGAUAUACAUUUUGUUGCUUCUUUAUUAGUUGCAUGCAAAUAUUUUGUGGAUUGAUAGAAAUUUUAACAGUUUGGCUUAUAUUCAUCCGAGGUCUCCCUGGCCGUUAUGGAUCACAAGGCGUGGCUCUGGAGGAAAAAGUCCUCAGAGAAGACAACCAGUGCAAGUGACAAAGCCAAUCUCACCGUGAAAGAAAAUGAAGAGUUUAAGGAGCUUCUAGCUGAUAAAGAAGAAUUGGAGAUUGAACUGAAAAUUCUGAAUGACAAGCUUGCUUCGGCUCUCUCUGACUGUAAGGGUAAAGAUGAACUGGUAAAGAAGCAAACAAAAAUAGCACAGGAAGCAGUGGCGGGUUGGGAGAAAGCUGAAUCUGAAACUUUGUCUCUAAAGCAAGAUCGUGAGGAAGCCUUGCAGCAGAAACUAUUUUAUGAAGAAAGAAUGACACAUUUGGAUGGAGCACUGAAAGAAUGCAUGCAGCAAUUACGUUUUGUACGUGAAGAACAGGAGAAAAGGAUUCAUGAUGCUGUGACGAAGGCUUCAAAAGAAUUUGAAAAAGCACGUAUGGUUUUUGAGGAGCAGCUGUCAGAGGCCACUAAAAAGCUUGCAAAAGCUGGGGCUGAAAAUGCUCAUCUUAGCAAAGCUGUUCUUGAUGACCAAAUUUUGAUUGAAGGUCUUAAAAGACAAUUGACCCAAGCUGAGGCAGAUUAUAGUGCACUCAUGGCUAGAUUAGAAUCCACAGAGAAAGACAACAUCUCACUGAGGUAUGAAGUUCGGGUGCUUGAAAAGGAGGUUGAGAUUCGAAAUGAGGAGAGAGAAUUCAAUCGUCGCUCAGCUGAUGCAUCUCACAAGCAGCACCUGGAGAGUGCAAAGAAGAUUGCCAAGUUAGAGUCAGAAUGUCAGAGGUUGCGCGUCCUGGUUCGCAAACGAUUACCAGGUCCUGCUGCCCUAGUGAAAAUGAAGAAUGAAGUAGAAAUGUUGGGUAGGGACUCAGCUGAAAUGAGGCGAAAAAGGUCAAACUCAAUCAGUUUCAUUGAUGACUCUUCAGUUGACAAUUCUUCUGAAACUACCAUGAAAAGAAUCAAUAUAUUGAAUGAGCAGCUAUGUUCUAUGGAAGAAGAAAACAAGACUUUACGAGAAACCCUUAAUAGGAAAACAAAUGAACUCCAAUUCUCAAGAACCAUGCUUGCUCGAACAGCUUUCAAACUGUCGCAGGUUGAAUCACAGCUUGAAGAACCAUCAAAAGGUCAAGUGACUGGGGAGCAGCCCACUAGUCUCGCAUCACAUGAAUUUUCUGUGGCGUCAAUAUCUGACAUUGGGAGUGAUGAUAAGGCUAGUUGUGCUGAAUCCUGGGCUUCUGCUUUGAUUUCAGAACUGGAGCAGUUCAAAAGUGGAAAGCAAAAGGAAUUUAAGUCAAGCAAAAGUAUUGGAUCUUCAGACAUAAAUCUUAUGGAUGACUUUGCUGAAAUGGAAAAAUUAGCAGUGGUCUCUGUCGAAAAAGCCCCUGAAAUUUCACAUGCUUCUUCAGAAGCAGCUAAUGGAAUUAAUGGCUCCUUAGACACUGGGCUGAUUGAGAUUACAUCUCCAGUAGUGAGCAAGGAGAUCGUUCCUGUGUCUGAAUCAUCCAAUUCCAAUGACAUAUCAAAUGGUCAAAUUCCUCACUGGCUUCAGGGUGUACUUAAAGUAAUCUCAGAACAAAGCCACAUCACGCAUAGAAAUCCUGAUGAUAUACUUGAGGAUAUCAAAGUGGGGAUAAGUCAUCUGAAUUACGCAGACCUUGAUGAGCCUGAUUCAAGCAAAGGAUCAGGACAUAUUGUCGCAUCAAAUUCUCCCCAUUUCAGUCACUGCAUCCCUUCAGAUGAUUCUUUGUUGCUAAAUCCAUCCUCUGGAGUAACUGAUGCUGUCAUGUCACCAAUAAAGAGAAGGAAACAACAAACAGAUAUGAGUAAAUCUAUAGGCAAGAUUAUUGAGAUCAUUGAAGGGAUCAACAAGCCUGCAGAAGAAUAUGAUAAUUCUGAUCCCAUAUGCAGCAGAGAUGGGAAUGUCGUUUCAUACAAGAACCUAGGAAUGCCAGCAGGCUACAUGGUGCGUGUUUUCCAGUGGAAAACAUCUGAACUAAAUAAUGUCUUACGCCGGUUUCUCCAAGCUUGUUAUGAUUUACUGAAUGGCAAGGCCGAUCAUGAAAAAUUUGCUAGAGAACUAACAACAGCUUUGGAUUGGAUUAUCAAUCACUGCUUUUCAAUUCAGGAUGUUUCUAGCAUGAAGGAUGCCAUUAAAAAACAAUUUGAUUGGGAGGAAACGCAAAGUGAAAUUGAAGCGGAGAUUGGGAUGAUGAGUCAUGUUGCAGAGGCAGAUAGGUUGCUUCUUCCUCAAGAACAGUUGCCAUGUUUUCCAGCUGUAUCUAAUGUCAAUGGCCAUGAGCUUGAGACCAAACAGCUACAAUAUGAUAAAGACGAAACUGAAGAUACUAAGGAUAAAGUGAUUUGCGCUGAAAUUAGAAAGGAAACAGCUGAAGACAGACUUCAACCAGCUGCUAAUAGGACUAUAUCCUCGAGGAGUCAACUUCCGGAGUCAGAUAAAAUUACUUCGUCAGAAUUACAAACCAUAAAAAAUUCCAAUGGAGAACUUCCAGGGCAAACACAAAAUCACGAACUGAUAAAUGCAAGUAUUGAUGCCCACCUUACAGAAAAUGAAAUAAAAGAGGCUCGUCAUAAGGUUUUGGCAUUGGAAAUGGAAUUGGAGAACAAAAACCAUUGUUGUGAAGAAUUAGAGGGCAGAUGUCUUGAAUUACAGCUUCUACUUGAAAGCAUGAAAAAGGAGCCCUCCAAUCAUAAUGUUAAUCAGAAAGAGAAGCCAUUGCGAACUGACUGGGAGAUAACAGCGGCUUCAGAAAAGUUGGCUGAGUGCCAAGAAACCAUCCUUAACCUUGGCAAGCAACUGAAGGCACUGUCUGAUCCGAAAGAUGCAUCCCUUUUUGACAAGGUCAUUGCCCCCCGCGGUAAUGCAAUUACCAACACGACCUCCAGUACUGUCGAUGUCGGAUCAAGCCCCGCCCCUCCGAAGGACGCAAGUGUGAAACAACGGGCUUCUCUACUCGAUCAGAUGCUUGCUGAAGAUCACACUAAAGUCAAUGUUAAUAAAUAUCCAAAAGCUGGAGAUAGCAAUAACAUUUCUACUGCGGUUGUCGAACCACUAGAAAAAAUCCUAGUUUUGGAUGGAACGAAAGAUCAAGAUGACACUGCUGGACAGAAAUCUUUGGCCAUCGUUCCUGCCAAGAAACGGGGAGGAGGAAGCUUGUGGAAAAAGCUAUUGUGUAGAAGGAAAAUAGGUGCAAACAAGAAAAUAUCCGGUCCUCUUGCCACUUAAUUGUUCUCACUUAAUAAACCGCAGUAUUGUUCAGUAUCAAGGGACUUUGCAAUAAUUUUUAUUGAUUAAAUUACGUUAAGUUCUCUUGAA